UAGACUAGAUAAUGCCCAUAACAUGCAUGAGAAUCGAGAUCAGGCUGAUCAGCUCAUCUUCAGUCCACGCCCUUCAUGUCCAUUGUCCACGUGGUGGUGUCUUCUCAAUGGACCUCUUCUCCUGCCCCAGGUGCAAGACUUCUUCCUAUCAAAACCCAAACAUGAAACUAUUAGUGAAUAUCUGUGGACACAAGCUGUGUGAGUCUUGUGUGGAGUCAUUGUUCAUUCGACCAUCAGGUCCUUGCCCAGAGUGCGGGGUAGCUCUAAGAAGGAACCAGUACAGACAGACACAGUUUACUGAUCAAUACGUUGAAAAGGAAAUUGAUAUCAGGAAGAAGAUAUUGAAAGAUUACAACAAAACAGAAGAUGAUUUCAAUAAUUUAAGAGAAUACAACGACUACCUUGAAGAAAUAGAAACAAUAAUUUAUAAUUUAGCUAAUAAUAUUGAUGUUGAAAUCACGAGAGAAAAGAUAGAAUUGUAUAAGAAAGAGAAUCAGUCAGUCAUAGUGAAGAACAGACAGAAGAUGUUGAGGAGAGAUCAGUUGAUAAGGACUGAGCUCGAGUCUGAGAGGAAUGAGCUGGAGAUGAGGAACCAAUUGGCGCACAAUAAGCAGCUGGAGCAUAUCAAAGAGAAAGCAAAGCAACAAGAAACAUUAAUACAGCAACUAAUUCAUUCCAGUCGUCCAGCAAGUGAAGUAGUCGCUGAAGUUAAAGCAAUUAAACAAGAACCAGCUGAAACUACAACAACAAUACUGUCUAAAACACAAUACAAACAACAACAGGGCAUAACAUCAUUUGAUCCAGUCCUAAUGGAUGACACUAGUUCAUGUUAUUUGUAUCAUCCACUCGUUAUAGAGAGCUAUGGCCCUCUUGUACCAACCAUUGAGCAGCUGGAUCAACUAGGGUAUUUGGCUAAUGUCAGGUCAUUGGAUGCGUCCAGUACAGCAGGUGGGUUUAGUGCUGGUCACAUCUGCCAGAGAGCACUCCAAGACUCAUUCUCAUGUUUAUCAUUAACACAACAACAACAUUAACAAUAAUAACAACAAUUAAUAAUAUCAACAUUAAUACAGUGAUCAUUGUAAUAAUAAAAUCAAUGUCAUCAUCG